AAGACAUUCAUUUAUUUAUCUGUGUGUCAGUAUCUACCUGCACAGGUGUGGUUGCAUUCGCAGCACUACUGGGGUAUUUAUUCACUUCAUUGUUUAGCUUCAGUUCUCUACUGAUUCUUUCUCAAUUUGAAAACUAUUUUUAUAAUUAAUUAAUUCUUUGAUAUAAUUUGUGGCUUCCAGUUUCUCCAAUUUGAGGAAAAGCAAAAAUGCGACGAGUAAACAUCAGAGGAUGGGCGGUGCAGUGCAUGUUUGUGUUUGUGCCACUGGUUCUGUUUGUCAUGCUCAUCCUGCAGUACUACGGCAACCCGUUCGAAGUAGACUGGCGUCAGGUUUUACCUGCAGACAUGCUCAGUCAGUCCUCCAUGGUGCCUCCUAAACAGUCAGCCGGACCGUGUGUCCACAGAACCUGUCCAGAGGAUAAUUUCAGCUUCUCCAUCCAGAGUGGAGCGGCUAACGUUGUGGGUCCAAAGAUCUGUGUCCAGAAAAAACUAGUUCUUGGAACGAUGCUGAACAACGCCGGAUACGGAAUAAACAUUGUUAUAAUAAAUGGUAAAACAGGAGAAGUCAUAAAGACCGAUCACUUUGACAUGUACAGCGGCGAUGUGAAACCUCUCAUCGAACUCCUGAAGAGCAUUGAGACGGGCUCCGUUGUGCUGAUGGCUUCUUACGACGACCCUUCGUCAAAGUUGGAUGAAGAGGCGAGGAAGCUGAUUGCUGAACUGGGAAGCUCCUCUGUGAAGUCACUGGGAUUCAGGGAUAACUGGAUAUUUGUUGGUGGGAAAGGAGCAGGAGUGAAGAGCAACUUUGAGAAGUACAUGAAGAACGACAACAGCAAGAAUAAAUACGAGAACUGGCCCGAGAUCAUCCAACUAGAAGGAUGCAUCCCCAAAUACCUGGACUGACCCGCUACAGGAACGUAAACCAGGAAGUGUUUGUAGGAUGGGAACCAAAGACUGAUCUGUGAACUGGUCUCUGCUGGGCUGGAUGAGCCGGUUACUACGUCACAAACAAUCACUGUCUGUUACUGUGGGAAAGACUGAAACAUUUUUAUGGGUCCUGUCACACAGGAACAUCUCCCCUCAUCACAGAAGAACUAGUUUCACCGCUGCAGGACAGACGCUGACAGAUGGCUGAAAGGUCACAUUAGUUAGAGAAAAAGGAGAAAUGGGUAUUUAGAUGUGCCAAUGUUACUUUAUCUUUAUUUUAUAUCUGUUAGUUUUGAGACCCAUUGUUUGUUUGACCAGGCUAAAUGAACUCUUGUCCACAUCAGUCUGAUUCUUUCAGGGCUGACGCUGUUUGUUCCAUCAUUAUCAAAUCUACACAAUCCUCCAACCGAUUGUUCAGACGGUGGUGUCACUUUCUAGUUAUUGUUUUAUAAAGUAUGUUUCAUCAGGUCAUCUUAUUGUUGAUUUAUUUCCAUCCACUCUCCCUCACAGACUUUAAGCAAAACAUUUAAAUGCAUCAGCAGGGGCUCUGGAAGAUUUCACUAUUUUCUAACACUAUAGGACAAAAUGAUUUAUUGAACAGUCGAGAAAAUAAUCUACAGAUUUAUCAAUUAAGAAAAUAAUUAGUUGCAGCCCUAAUGUUAGAAAGAUUUCUAUAAAAUACUGAUCUUUAUUUAGCUGUUAUUUUUCUUUUAUAUUUGACUCCAUCACGAGCUGCACUGAUGAUGUAUUUUACAUUUAUGAAAUGUAUAUAACCACAAUAAAAAAUGUAAAUCAA